UUGUGGACUAUAUAAAGUUAUUAACAUGAAAUCACACUUAUAAGUCCAAAACUGAGGCACCAGUUUCAAUGUGUCCACCAAGAAAUAGAAAGUAAGCCACUAAAUCUGCUGACAUUUGGCUAAUCAACAUAUGUCAUUUACCGGUUGUGAUAAGUUAAAAGUGUUUUCACGCUUAUGAAGGUGAAUGAAUUAAAACGUCUCCCACUCCUCUGUCUCUGUACUUCUAAAUUAUAAUCGGCUGUUAUAUCAGGUUACACCAUCGUUUUGUCACGUAUAUAAUAAAAUCAAAUAAUUUUUUUUUUGGUAAAAAUUUCUGGUGAAUUUUGUUGCCCCAACACAUAAAUGUUAGAACUUUUCAACAUUACAAAAGUUUUUUUUCUAUGUUUUAAACAAAAAUAGCUGUUUAUUAUUAUUUAUUAGUCCAUAGAUUUGAUUAUAUGACAAAAUUUAGUUCAAUUUUUUUUUUUCAUUUUUGAGGAAAAGUUCAAGUAAAUCUUCCAUAAAUGUUAUAACAUUCUCAUUUCUUUUUUGAGCAAAUGUUAUACAGUAUAACAUUCUCAUUUUACUUUUAGAUUGUCAGACAACGUAAACCAAACACUGUUUCGUGUUUUGUCCUCUUUGGUUUUCUCAUCUUCACUUUCUAUUAUUUUUCUCGAGAGAAAAAAAAAACAUUUUCUGAGCUUUUCCGGGAAAGUUUUGCAACAAAAGAGAAAAGAAAAUCCACAGAACUCUACCAAACACAGAUCUUGUGCAUAGAUUCUCUCGAUCACAUUCCCUUUCGAUCAUUUCUUUAAUCAAUCACCUAAAUUCACAACCUUUAGAAUAUGAAACCACCACCAUCAGCUGCUUCGUUAGAUAGGUGGAGAGACUAUUUCCGGCGAGGAGGCUCCGAUAUAUUCGAGAUCAUCGAUCACGCCAUCAUGGUCGCUGCCACUGAUUGUCCGAACAAAUUCAAAUCGAGAAGAGACAGAAUCGCAGAGCUUCUCUUCUCGUGCAGAGUCACUCGCUGCAACGGAUGCCACCACAGCAGCGAGCUAUCUCUUCCCGGAGACGACGAGGCGGUUGAUGGGAGUAAAGAGAGCAAAGUUAAUAGUAGCAGAGGAGAUAACAAUCAGAUUAUUGUUGGCGGUUAUGAUUGUCAUGAUGAUGAUGAUGAUGAUGAAGCUGAGGCUUUGAGUGAUGCGAUUGAAGAGUUCUCUGUGGUUUUUAAGGAAGUUGUUAGGAUCAAAGAGAUCUUGCUCAACAAAGACGACGAGGGGUGGCAGCCACACUCGGUGAUAGUUGAGGCUUUGAGAAAGCUAAAGUUGAUGUCUUUGGAUGUGGAUGUUCUCAAGAGUACUGAGAUAGGAAAGGCUGUUAAUGGUUUGAGGAAACAUGGCUCUGAUAAUAUUCGCCAACUUGCAAAGACUCUGAUCGCAGAGUGGAAGGAGCUGGUUGAUCAGUGGGUGAACACCACCAAGGAUAUCAAUGGUAAUGAAGGUACACCAGAGUCUGCUAAUCUGUCUGUAGUUGAUGAAGAAGAAGAAGUGUUUCCUUCACUUCCGUAUGGUGUUGAUAUCUUUACACCGGAAGCUAACGGCUUUGAAAUGUUAAAUGGGGAUUUCUUUGAUUCAUUGGACUUUGAUGGAAAUCCUUGUAACUCUGGGGAAUACAACACAAGCCGAGAAGACCAAAGAAGACCACAGAAGAGAAGACCAGAGGGAGCACAAAUGAGGAUACAGAAGCCAUCACCAGCUGAUGGGACUAGGAGACCUCUUAAUCAAAGGAUGAAGAACGAAGUGGGAUCUGUUCAAAAGUCUGAAAGCCCCAUGAUCCAAAGAAGGAAACCUCCAGAAGAAAAACAUAAAGGUCUUGACGCAGACGCAAAGUUUGAGUUUGCUAAGAGGAAACUUCAAGCGAGCUACCAACAACAUGAUAAAGCCAAGAAGCAGCGAACAAUACAAGUACUUGAGACGAUCCCAAAGCAAUGUGGUAGUGCUGCUCAGAAACCGCAACUCAAGAGACCUGGAAUGAAAAACAGAAGUUGGUCUAACGGUCGUAAAUAGCUUUAGAUUGGUGAAUAACUUUCAGAGGAGAAAAACAUUAUUUACAUGAAUACCACAAAAUAUCUGCAAGCUCUGGUGAAAUAAGGUAAAGCAGAGUCUAGUUCACAAGCAGAGGAUGACGAGCAGAUUCCACAACUGAACUUUUCUUUGAACAGACUCUUUUUCUCCUAUGUUUCGUUCUGUCUUUGAUUCACCAAUUUGCAGCCAGAUAGGAUCCUAACUAGUGUUACGUUCUUGAGACUUUCGGUACAGUCCCGGUUUAGUUCAAUCCCGUUUGGUCGGUCA